AUCCGUUGGCCGUGUCGGUUCGUGUCUCCGAUUCUCCGGUUCGGUUCGUGUGCCGGUUGUUGUUUUUGUUCUGCUGCUUUUGAAUUCCGCGUGUGGUUAACCAAUCGCACAAUGGCCAAUGAGGACACCAGUUUUAUUCCCGAUCUUCCCAGUGGUGGACCAUUGGCGGCGUACCGGAAGAGAGCCAAUUUCGACUGGAAAAGACUUCGAUUAAUUUUCGAAAAGGAACAGGGAUUGCGCAUCAAGUACAAAGUGUGGCGCCGCUUGGAGAAUGACCCCCUUUUCGCCCAUCCCUCCCGCACCCUACCCAUGGACGAGCAGAAGCGACUCUGUGCCAUGCAGGUCAACCGGAUGAAGCACCUGGAUCUGGUGCCCAAGGAGAUCGAGAAGCUGAGCUUCUCGGCCAAGACCAAGUACCUCAUGUACAUCAACGAGGCCCUGGCCUGCUACUCGCCCAGUCUCUCGGUGAAGAUCGCCUUGGGCGUGGGACUCUUCAACAACGCCAUCCGGGCGAUGGGCACCGAGAAGCACACUAAGUACAUUGAGGCGGCCUGGAACCGGGAGGUGAUCACCUGUCUGGCCAUCACGGAGCUAUCCCAUGGCAGCAAUACCAAGAGCAUCCGGACAACGGCCACGUAUGACCCGGCUACGCAGGAGUUUGUGAUCAACACCCCGGACUUCGAGGCGGCCAAGUGCUGGGUCGGAAAUCUGGGCAAAACGGCCACCGUGGCCAUGACCUUCGCCAACCUGUACACGGCCGAUGGGGAGAACCAUGGACUGCACGGCUUCCUGAUUCCCAUUCGCGAUCCCAAGACCCUGCUCUCCUAUCCGGGUGUCCUGGUGGGGGACAUCGGCGAGAAGUGUGGCCUGAAUGGCAUCGACAAUGGAUUCGUGGUCUUCACCAAUUAUCGCAUUCCGCGGGACAAUCUCCUCAAUCGCACCAGUGACGUGACACCCGAGGGAGCCUACGAGAGUGUCUUCACCGAGCCGGGCAAGGUGCUUGGAGCGGCCCUGGAGAGUUUCUCCGCCGGCAGGAUUGGCAUCAUGCAGGAGUCGGCCAACACGCUCUGCAGUGCCGCCGUGAUCGCCGUUCGAUAUGCGGCGGUACGGAAGCAGUUUGGUCCGGAGCGCCAAGGCGACGAGAUGGCCAUCCUGGAGUACCAGCUGCAUCAAUACCGCAUCUUCCCUUACUUGGCGGCAGCCUGCGUGCAAAAAAUAGCCGUGGAGGAACUGACAUUCACGUAUCUGGAGAUCAUAGCCCGUUCCCAGGCGGAUUCCAAUGGCUUUGAUAUUCUGACCCAAAAUGCCGCUGAGAUACAUGCUUUGAUCUCGGCCUCCAAGCCACGGAUAACUUGGGCAGCUCGGGAUGCCAUCCAGGAGGCCCGGGAAGCCUGUGGUGGACACGGUUACCUCGCUGCCGCCAAACUUGGUCAGAUGCGUACCGACCACGAUCCCCUCUGCACCUACGAGGGCGACAACAAUGUCCUGGGCCAACAGGCCUCCAACUGGCUGCUCCGCCAGUGGAGCUCCAAGGAGCUGGAGACACCCAUUGGCAGUGUAAAGUUUCUGGAGCGACGUGGCGAACUCCUGGCCCUUAAAUACGCCUCCUUGGCCCAGAAGACGCCCAUCUCCAGUUGGGAGUUCUCCCUCAGGUGCUACGAGUGGCUCCUCUGCCACCUGAUGGCCCACACCACGGCCCACAUCGAGGCCCAAUUGGCUGCCGGAGCCAGUAAGUUUGACGCCCGGAACAACUCGCAGGUGGCCGGAGCCCGGGAACUGUCCCUGGCCUAUGCCGAGUACUACGCCCUAAGCCGCUACGUCGACCAUGUCCGGAAACUGCAAGUGGAGGACAGUUACGCCUCGGUGCUCCGCCUCCUCUUCGAUGUCUAUGCCAUGUGGCUGUUGGAGAAGCACAUGACCACCUUCUAUGUGGGAGGAUUCGCCACGGGCCAGGACUUUGCGGCGGCAGUGCGACAGCUCCUGCUGGACAGUUGCCUGAAGCUGAAGGACGUGGCCGUGAGCAUUGCGGAUGCCAUCGCCCCACCCGACUUUGCCCUCAACUCGGUGAUCGCCCGAGCUGAUGGACUACUCUACGAGAAUCUGCAGAAUGAAUUUAUGACCAACGAGGGAGCCUUCCAGCGACCCACUUGGUGGCGAGACGUUAUCCUACCGCAGGCUCAGUCGAAACUCUGAAGGAGCUACAUCACCCGGCCCACCGAUAUUCCUAUAUAUUAUAUGUAGCUAGAAAAGUGCCUUGGGCUUUGGAGUAGAGUCCAGUAUAUAGAUGUCCUAUAAAGAAAGCAAGUUGUAAUCGUUGUUGUUGCCUCAUUUGUAACCAGGUAUUAUGGCCAACUGCAUUCGCAUCGAUCCUAGUAAACGUUUGAUAUCAUAAACUAUACAUUCGAGUAUUUUAAGAUCAAAUCUGUUAUUAGUUUACGGUUUAAAAAGUUUAAUAAACAUUUAAUGAUUAAAAACUAA